AUGAACGAAUCAGUAGCUAAGCAAUUUGAUUUUAUAGCUGAACGUUACCUUCAUAAGGAAACAAUGGAAGGUUAUCAGCAAUGUGCAGUGGGAUUAAGUGAUGAUCCUGAAAUUCAACAAAUUCUUGAUGAUCCAGGUAUGUAUUUAAUACUUGACAAAAUGCAAGAUCAACCUAUGGCAAUACGUGAACAUUUGCGAAAUCCAGUUAUCGCACAAAAACUUCAAAAAUCAAUGGAGACUGAUAUUAUUGCUAUUCACCAUAUUUAA